UAUGUUGUGUGUGUUUAUGUUGUGUGUGUUUAUGUUGUGUGUGUUUAUGAUCCCUGCUGAGUCAGGUGACUGUAGCUCGUCUUACCCUGAAUGUUUGCAUAGAUUUACUGAAGCUGUACCUGAGAUUACAUCCAAUUAGAUCAUUGAAUAACAACUGAGUACACACGCGCAACGUGUUUCAGGGCUACAUGUGUGCUUAAAGACGCCUACGCCUCCGAGGGAGAGAGAGAGGAGGAGAGAGGAGGAGAGAGGAGAGAGAGGGAGAGCAUCAGUGUGUUGGCGCUCAAACGGGUUAUUGCGCACAGAGCCAGCGAGGCUGAAGUACAGCAGAGACUCCAAGCGCGACUCCAAGUGUGAAGACGAGAUCAGGAGGAGAGAGGAGGAGAGAAGAGGAGGAGGGAGGUCUGGACCGCUGCAGAGAAACUUGAUUUUCUCUUCUUUAAUUGAAGAUAUGAAGUGAUGCUCGGGAUGCAGAUCGACUCCGGAGCUGCUGCUGCUGCGUUUUCUUCCCUUCCUCAUGUGAGAGCAGUUUAGAGGAUUACUCCUUCAUCUCCGUGACGAUGGGUUCAUGUGUGAUGCUGGACUGGAGGUUAUCGUGUCUUCUCCUGCAGGCGGCCGUUCUGCCGCUGCUCGCCGGCGGGGAGAGGAUGUGCCCCGUGAGUUGUCGAUGCGAAGGAAAGAUUGUUUACUGCGAGUCAGGCAUCUUCCAAGACGUCCCAGAGAACAUCACCACGGGAUGCCAAGGUCUGUCGCUGCGCUAUAACGACCUGCUGGUGCUGCUGCCCUACCAGUUUGCACACCUCAAUCAGCUCAUCUGGCUCUACCUGGACCACAACUCCAUCAACGCCGUCGACGCUUUAGCCUUCCAAGGUGUGCGCAGGCUCAAGGAGCUCAUCCUGAGCUCCAAUAAGAUCGCCCAUCUGCACAACAACACCUUCAGCGCUGUGCCGAACCUGCGAAAUCUUGACUUGUCCUACAAUCAGCUGCAGUCUCUGCAGCCGGGACAUUUUUACGGUCUGCGCAAGCUCCAGAAUCUCCACCUACGGUCCAACGGGCUCAGGCAGAUCGCCAUCCGCACCUUCCUGGAGUGCCGCAGCCUGGAGUUCCUGGAUUUGGGUUACAAUCGCUUGCGGAGCCUCACGCGCACGACGUUCUUGGGGCUGUUCAAGUUGAAAGAACUUCACUUAGAGCACAAUCAAUUCUCGAGGAUUAAUUUCUUCAUUUUCCCGCGCCUCACCAACCUCCAGGCGCUCUACCUGCAGUGGAACCGCAUUCGAUCCAUCAGUCAAGGCGUGCCGUGGACGUGGCACAAGCUACAGAAGUUGGACCUGUCCGGGAAUGAGAUCCAGAUCUUGGACCCGACGGUUUUCCAGUGCAUGCCCAACUUACAGAUCCUCAACCUCGAAUCCAACAAGCUCGGGAGCGUCCCAGUGGAAGCCGUGGCGGCGUGGACGUCGCUCACCACCAUCAGCUUGGCGGGGAACGCCUGGGACUGCAGCCCGAGCAUCUGCCCGCUCAUGGGGUGGCUGAAAACCUCCAGGGACUCCAAAGACGUCAGCAUGAUCUGCAGCAGUCCGAAGUCGGUGCAGGGCGAGCGCGUCGUGGACGUGGUGAGGAAUCUCUCGACCUGCGCGGACGCGUCAAACGUCUUCUCCACGACCGCCGCCCUCGUCACUCUGACUUCGACGCAAGUUGUGAACAUCACGGCUCACCCCUCGCCCUCCGGCGUGACUCGCACCGAGCCGCCCGUGCAGAGAUUAACCCCUUCGCCUGUCCGUCCACGAGAGUCCACGACCCCGACCUCCACGUCGCCCGCCUCCCCUGAACCCUCCACGUCGUUCAUCCCCGAGCUCCCGUUUGAACACAUGUCUUUCCAUAAAAUCAUUGCGGGCAGCGUCGCCCUGUUCCUGUCGGUGUCAUUGAUCCUCCUGGUUAUUUAUGUGUCGUGGAGGCGCUACCCGAACACCAUGAGGCAGCUGCAGCAGCACUCAGUCAACCAUAAGCGCAGGAAAAAGGCCCGCAAGCAGGAGCAGGACCUGAACUCUCAGCUGCAAGAGUACUACCUGAGCUACCACUCAAACUCAGAGACGAUGGACUCUUUGGUGAAUGAAACCAGGCCGUGCACGUGCACCAUAUCAGGAUCCAUAGAGUGUGAGGUCUGAGGUGCAGACUCCACCUUAAAGACACUAAAGCGACAGUUGCUACGCGGAGGUAAAUGGGUCUUUCCGGGAGAUUAAGGCGAGGUGAUAGAUUCAGCAGCUCUGAAGGAGACACUCGGGGGGCUUGGUACGAUAUAACGACGUGCACAGAAGAUAUAUUCAGAGCUCAUUAUCACCUCGACUGACACGGGAACCAGCGGCGGGGUCAGCCGGGUCAGCUGAACGUAACGUGACCUCCGCGACGGUAGAAGUCAGCUCUGCAGAGAGGCCGACCUCAUUCUUAGUCUAAACUAUAUCGCCAUAGAACAUACAGAGCCGACGGAGCCACUUUUUAUCACUAGUUUUGAUUUUUAUUAAAAUAGCUUGUGAAGCGUUUAGGAUGUGUGUGUGCGU